CACAGAGAAACCCUGUGUGUGUGUGUGUGGGGGGGGUUCUUUCUGUGGCAUACUAUCCGUCUAACUGCUGAAUCCAGAACCUGUCUGGAAAGCUUCUGUCCUUGCCUAGGGCCUCCCUCACACUCUUAAAAUUCCUCUCUCCCUGGCUGCCUCCCCAUUCCCUGAGAUAGCCUUAGUCUUACUAUCUCGUUUCUUUACCGUGACUGCCAGAACCACCUUUCUGAGAGAACCUGACCUAAACACAUUGUCUUCAUUUUUGGUUCCAGUUCCUCAGGUCCUCACCCCCCUUAGGAAAGUUAUUGUAUGUCUACACCUCCUUGUAGGUACAAAGAACCAGUCCUAUAAAAGGCCAUACCUGCUUGGAGCUGACAGUCAAGGGGCUCUUCAUGAUGUGUACCCCAGCCUGCUUUUUACAGUCUUCAACUCACUCCCAGCCCAUCUCCAACCCUAGGCACUCAGCAGCGGGGCCUCUGCACUGCAGAAACCCUCUGUGAAUAAUGCCUCUAUCCAGGUUCAAAGGGAAGAAGAAAGCAGGUACCUCCCUUGAGAGUCCACAAUGCCCCGCCUCUCGCCGCCCACUGCGAGAUCUGUAAAUUGAGGCUCCAGGUGCCUCUGUCCAAAGGCUCCUCAGCCCCUCCCCUGUCUUUGGGAUUGUGAGCUAAGAGCCAGGCUAAAAGGCUGGACCCGCAUCCAUGCACCCUCUCCUGGGCUGGGCCCUCCACCUCAACAUCAGCAGGAAAGAGUGCAGGGGGGCCCCAGCCCCAUCUAGGAAUGUCUCAUCUCCAGGUGAGCAUUUCCCACUGACAUGGAGCAGGUGGGGCAAGAAAGAGGGACAGGGACAUCAGGCCAGUCAGCCCUUCGUCAUCCUCAUCCGACAGAAUUGGGUUUAACGGGGUUACCCGGACAACCCGCGCGGGAGGCUGGCGAGAGACCAGUGUUGUGACCUGUUCUCAAGAGACCAGGUCUCUGCAGGAGAUGGCCUCUGGCCUCCAGGGAAAGGGUGGCAGUGUGCGUGAUGAGGCAGGACAAGAGACCUCACUGCUGGAGAGCACACCUUCAUCCUCACCCGCCACUCACGGCGCCUGGUGAGGGAACCCUCAUUCCUCUUUCUAGAAACCCACAGUCACGUGAGCUCUGCGAUUCCGGUGCUGCGGGUGGUUCUUACUAUCAAUUUCUGUUCCUCAAUUUCUUCCCAGCCCUUCUUCAAUCUUCUUCAUUUUCAUUCCCAAACAUCACAGGGCUGGCCCACAGUCACCUCUGAGAGAGCCCCAUCUCAGACUUCACCGACUUGAUUUCCAGUCACCCGGCUUUUGGGAGCCAGGACCUCAUUGUAUUUUUAAUUCUCUUUGGCAACCACACCCCUCCCCCCAUCCUUAGAGAUCCUGGUAAAUAUUACUAUGUUGGUGAAAUUCUCCCUGGCCCUUGCCCUUGCCCCAGACUUGGUCUUUGCAUCCUGGUAUACCCAGGGCAACUGCAACAUGCCUUAGUUACACAUAACACGUGUCUCUUCAAGCUCCUGAACAUUCCAUCGAGAAGACUGUAUCUUCCAAGGGUGGCACAUGGGUCUUGUUUUAUUAACCAAAUACACAAAGCAUGGCACAGGGAAGCAUUGGAAAGAGUAAAAAUGAGUACACAAUAAGGAUUGGGCUGAAGGGGCUGUGGGAGCUUCAUCAAAAAUGGCUUCUCAGAGUCCUCAAUGAAGAGGUCUAGAGUCUGGGUACAUUAGACAGUCUAGCGAGAGGACCUAAGUGGUGUAUUAUAUUAACUAACAUUGAGCACUUUUAUUGUCAGGCCUCAUGCUUGACACAGAGGAACCCUGUCUGCAUUCAAGUUGCGUCCCCUGUAAGAAAAAAGGAAGACAAGGUCAGCGCAUCUUGAGCCAUGAGCAGACCAUUUCUCAGAUGACUGAACUUUCCUGGAAGGAUAUUAUUAAUGCCUUGUCUCUGGCCAACAUGGUCCUGGGGCUCUUCUCCAUCUUCUGCAGCUUCAGCAGGAAACCCCACUGUGCUUCCUGGAUGCUGCUGAUCAGCUUCCUGUUAGACAUGGCAAUAGGGACGAUGACCAGACACCUCAACAUCUGCCACAAAUUGGGACUUGAGCUGAACGAUUUUGCUGUCUUCACCACCUUUGGCCUGGCUUCGGCUCUGCUGCUCGGUGUGGAAGGGCCUCUGAAUGGGUUCCUGGCCGUCAUCUAUGUCUUGACGACGUCUUUCCGCCUGUGUUUCUAUGCAACUGGAGGUCCCUCUGCAUACAAAGGUCUACCCUGCCCCUACGCUUCCUGUGUUUUGGCCUCCACCUGCCUUCUGACUAAGGGCAACACGUUUAUCCUCUGCUGCAUGGCUUCACUCAUGAUUCUGUUCAUGAUCGACCAGAGUUGCUACCCACAGGAUGAGAUCCUGGAGUCGGAGAACUGGAAAAAAGUGGUUUAUAUGGGAGGUGUCAUCAUGCUCUUCCUCUCCCCGUUCUCCCUCACCGCCUUUUACUGCCUCAUCUGGUCGCUCUCCUACAUCUUCUUCCCAGAUGCACUGUGGGGCAGGGGAAUUUGUAUUAAGAUCUAGCAAGGAGGAAACUACAGCUUCACCAAUCCUGCUGGCUCUGUGGGCUCUGCACUUAGCAUGCUGGGUCAAGACCUGCCUCAUCCUCACUAAAGCUUUCCUGGCACCUGUGUUCUCAUAUGCUAUCUCAAAAAAUUGAUUGGCAUCCCGAAUGCAUUACCCGGUGUAUUA